AACAGAUCAUUCUUCGUUGUCAAUAACGCUAUCGCAAAGUAAAAUAUGAAAACUCCGCCACCAUCUGGUAAGAUUGCCGCAAGCCCCAAUUCUCAAGAGAAUACAAAGACAGAAAACAGUGAUGUCCGACCUGUAGCGUUUUACAUUCCGGUCAACGAUUUGUCCGUCAGUCAGUUGUCCGAGAGGAAAAAGAGUCGGACACAAUCAAAAGAUGGAGAAAAUUCGGAACAGAUGGGGGAUACUUAUAACUAUAAGCUUAAUCAUGACGAAAAGAUGUUGCAAGCUGAUAUUUUACAUCAGGACCAAUUAAACGAAAAGGGAGAGAUGAGUAGAAAACACCAAGAAAAAUACGAAAAGGCUAAAUCUAAACGAGAAAUGAUCAUUGAAAAUUUAAGAAAGAAAAGUGAAGAUAAAAUUCUCCGUGCCGAAGAGAAACGCAAGAAAAGAAUUGCCAAACAGAAAGAAAAACUGAAAGCCGUUGAGGAACGCUUGGCAAAGGUCCGAUGUCGGAAAGAAACAAUUGAUCAGAAUUUCCGAGAAAAGACAGUAACAAAGUUAGUGGAAGAUGAAGAGAGACUCCGAACGUUACAGCAGAGCGAUCUGCCACUUCGCGCCAUAUUUCGACGAGAAGAGAUUUUGCGAUAUAGGCAGAAGUUGUACGAAGAGCGCCAACAAUGCAAGGAACGCACUGUGAACAAGAAUCAGUUUCUGUAGUGUGGCGUCUAUAGGAUUUGUUGUUGCCAAAAUUGUAUCUCCGACAGAAAAUAUAUUCUGUUUGAGAAAGAAAGAAGAAUAUAAAUUGCACAAUAUACUAGAAGUUUGGGAGAAAAAACAUUCUUGAUCAGCAAAGGUUUGCAAAACGCGAUGAAUAUAGUAUUUAUACAGUUAAAGGUUAAUUUACAUACAUGUAUACACAAUUGUAAUGUUCCACUCUUGUACAACCUCACAUUUCAGUUCAAGUUAUGACUCGCUAUGUGAAGUGAAAUUUACCGUGAAUAAUGUUGAAGAACGGAUGACUGUUAUAUGUAUGAGUAAUAUUUUUUUUAUCUUGAUGCCAAAAUUUUAUAUGAUACACUUAAUUUAAGAAGAAAUUUGCAUGACUAAUUUCUAAUAAAUUUUUCAUUGCAAGCACGAUGACUGAAUCAUUCUUGACCGAGUUCUCCAAACAUGUUACACAUUGCUACAUCUUACAUUUAUCUUUGAGUCAUUUUAAAAAGUAAAAAAUAAAAAGUUUGGAUAGCUGUGUAAUGGAAUGGCAGACUCAGAUUGAUGGUUUGGUGUUUUUUUUAAUGCAGCAUGAAUAGUAAAUGUAUUGUCCAUUGAAUUAAGCGUAUAGCAUUUAUUUU